CAGCCCAUCUACUGUGGUCUCGCCUAAAUGCAAUUUUCAGAGGAAGUUAAAAUUUCAUUUAUAUGGAGAGACAAACUGACCCGCUUGACGAGAUCUCGCUUUUUUUACCUAAGAUCUUGGCAAGCGGGCUGGAUGAAACUCCAUAUAAACGAUAACAAAGCGGGCUAGCUCGCCUAGGCUAGUUGGUUUAUCUCAAAUAAUUUAAUUCUUUUGUUAUAAAAAUUAUUUUCUGAGAAAAUUUUAUACUUCUUUAGGUAACGCUACAAUUCAUUUCAAGCAGCUUCAAGCAUUUUUCAAAACACUGCCAAUGUGGACAUCAAUUAUGCUUCAACUUAUAAUCACAUUCAUUGUGAUUAUUUUCACCACAUGUUUACUUCUUAAUCUUUUUUGGAAAUACCAUAUUUCAAAGUUAUCCUUCAUCCCAAGUGCACCCCAUUUUCCAUGGCUUGGAACAGCACCAUACCUACAUAAGAAGCCACAUUUAAUGUUUCAACAAAUACUGCAGUAUUCAAAAAAAUAUGGCAACCUCUAUAUCGUUUGGUUCGCCCAUAUACCAGCAAUAUUUUCUUCUACAGUUGAAUAUUCCGAAGCUGUACUCGGUAGCAAAGAUAUGCUAAAAAAGUCCACUUUGUAUUGGCCUUUGUUGGAGUGGCUUGGAACUGGAUUGUUGACAAGUUAUGGAAGCAAGUGGAAACAGAGAAGGAGAGCAAUUACACCAACAUUUCAUUUCACCAUACUGAAUGAUUUUGUGGAGAUAUUUACACGCCAGGCGGAAUCGUUAGUUUCCAGAUUUGACUUAAAAUGUAACACUGGAAAAGCAAUUGAUAUCCAGUUUCCUGUCAGUCUGGCUGUCCUAGACGUUAUCUGUGAGACUGCAAUGGGUGUUAAAACCAACGCCCAAGAAAGCUCCAAUUCAGAUUACGCCAAAGCAGUGUUCUCCCUAAACGGACAUCUACAGAAGCGGCAAUGGAAUCCAUGGCUUUGGCCCAAGUUUAUUUAUCAACUUACACAGUCUGGAAAGAACUAUUACAAGGAUUUAAAAAUUCUGCAUGACUAUACCGUAAGCGUCAUUAACAAACGCAUCGAAUCCAGAAAAGCAGCAGAUGCCACAACUGGUGAUGUGCCGCAAAAAAAGGCUUUCCUGGACAUGCUACUCGACUUGUACGACAAGGGAGAGAUUGAUGUUGAAGGAAUUCGAGAAGAAGUGGAUACAUUCAUGUUUGAAGGACAUGAUACUACUGCUGCAGGAUUGAGUUGGAUUAUCUAUCUACUUGGAAGGUAUCCCAAGGUUCAGGAAAAACUGCAUCAGGAAAUUGACAAAAUAGAGGAAAAGAGUGGAUGUCUUAUUGAUAAAUUAAAGGAAUGCAAGUAUUUAGAUUAUGUGAUAAAGGAGGGGUUGAGGUUGCAUCCACCUGUUGCUCUUUUUGCCCGAGUGCUUGAGCAAGACACAAAGAUCGACGGUCACAUUGUACCUAAAGGCACUGAAAUUGGAGUCUUUGUUAAAGCCUUGCAUUUGAAUCCAAAAUAUUGGAAUGAGCCAGAAAAAUUUAACCCAGAUCGUUUUGGCGAGGAUAGUUUCUCAAAAAGAAAUCCGUACAUUUACGUUCCAUUUUCAGCUGGAUCUCGAAAUUGCAUCGGUCAAAAAUUUGCCAUGUUGGAAGAAAAAAUAUUUCUGUAUCACAUCAUGUCUAAGUUUCGUGUGGAGUCUGUGCAAAAGGAAUGCGAAGUGGAAGAAUCUUUUGAAAUUAUUCACAGAUCUACAAAUGGACUCUGGAUAAAGUUUUUUUCUAGAUAAACAUGUCAAAACAGGCGAAAAAAAAUAUCUAACCUAAUUUAGAUGAAUUGUAAGUGUUGAUAUUAGCGAUACAAAGAAAAUUUAUUUUGUAAUGGAUUUAAAAACAGUUUAAUUAGUUACAUUAGACUGUUGACCCGAUUUAUAUGAGUUCAAUUCUUUGGGAAUUGUCGAAGGGCAUGAUUUAAUUAAACAAAGGACAAAAUUGUGAUGCCUAGCAAUCUUGUCACCACUUUAGUUAAUUGUUGCAUAAAAUAAAUAGGUCAUGGCUGCAUAUUUAGCAUAUUGUAAUACCCUUUUAUAUAAUGCAAUAUGAUAACAAUAUACGAAAGGCUUGGAUUUUAUUACUUUAUUACACAGACCAGUCAUUACAACGAUUUUAUCCUAGAAUUUCCUACAGGUACACGUUUUACGGUAAUCAAGUGCAGUUGGAAAGGGGUAAGCUGACAUUUCAGCCCCAAUAAUUCAUUACAUCAUGGAACAAGUGUUUUUUUAAUCGGUAAAAGGAAUUUUAAAGUUUUUUUUAAAUAUUUCAUCAACUUGAAUCGAAUUAAUAUGAUAUUUUGAUGUUGUAUCUUACAGUCUCGAUUUUAUUACCUGAUUCCAUCUCAUCUGAAACUUUUAUAUUUUCUUGUUUACUAUGAAAGUUAUUUUGUUUUUUUUAUGGUGCCAUUUUAAAAAUGGCUUCCCAAACCAAUUAGUAAAGCUCCAUAUAAAGCCCUGUCAAAAUAAGCUGUAAACCCCGGUUAUUUUUCGUUACUAGUAUCAGUCAGGUAAUAAUUUGUGAUAUUAAGUAUUUUCUGGGUUUUUUUCACACGUGGUGUAAAAUUUCUUUUAUUCUUUAAAAAAAGACAUUUAAAAGAAUUAUACAUGCACCUUUCUUGUAAAUUCUUAUACAAGUUUUCACAUUAGUGUGUUUUUCCUAACGUAGUGUGUGGUCACAUGGUACGUCCACUACGUAAAACAAAUUUUUCUCGAUAUUUUUAUAUGUGUCAAAAGCUAAAGACUUCACUUAAAUUUAAGUUUUACCUAAAGUAAGGUCCUUGUUUGGCCGCAUAUAGGUACCACUCC